UUUUGGUAUUUUGCUGGCGACACCUGUGCUUAUCCAUCCGUGCAGCCCCACCCGUUCAACGGAAACGAAAAAAGUAGCCCGAGCCUAUCAUGGCUCUGAGGGGAUUGGGAAGGAGGAUUUCGAUCGGGAAGAGAUGCUUCUCGAGCGCUUCGGAAGUCGAGAAGCGCCCGAGGGAUGGGAAGCAGAUCAAUCUCUUCUCUGCAAUCAACCAGGCUCUCCACAUCGCUCUGGAGACCGAUUCCCGUGCUUAUGUAUUCGGAGAGGAUGUAGGUUUUGGUGGUGUCUUUCGCUGCACAACAGGAUUGGCCGAUCGAUUUGGUAGAAACCGAGUUUUCAAUACUCCCUUAUGUGAACAGGGUAUUGCAGGAUUCGCCAUUGGCCUUGCAGCAAUGGGGAAUCGUGCUAUUGCAGAAAUUCAGUUUGCAGACUACAUCUAUCCUGCUUUUGACCAGAUUGUCAAUGAAGCAGCUAAAUUUAGGUAUCGGAGUGGGAACCAAUUCAAUUGUGGAGGUCUAACAAUAAGAUCUCCAUAUGGAGCUGUUGGGCAUGGUGGUCAUUAUCAUUCACAAUCACCAGAGGCUUUCUUCUGUCAUGUUCCUGGUCUUAAGGUGGUGAUCCCUCGAAGCCCACAGCAAGCGAAGGGGUUGUUAUUGGCCUGCAUACGUGAUCCAAAUCCAGUUGUAUUUUUUGAACCGAAGUGGUUGUAUCGGUUGGCUGUUGAAGAGGUUCCUGAGCGUGAUUAUAUGUUGCCUUUGUCUCAGGCAGAGGUGAUUCGUCAAGGGAGUGACAUUACACUUGUUGGAUGGGGAGCUCAGCUAUCAGUAUUGGAACGUGCAUGUGAUGAGGCUGCGAAGGAUGGAAUUUCUUGCGAGCUUAUAGAUUUGAGGACAUUGAUACCCUGGGAUAAGGAAACAGUAGAAGCCUCUGUCAGAAAGACCGGAAGGCUUCUUGUUAGUCAUGAAGCCCCUGUGACUGGAGGAUUUGGUGCUGAGAUAUCUGCUUCAAUUGCUGAACGCUGCUUCCUCAGGUUGGAAGCACCGGUUGCCAGAAUAUGUGGUCUUGAUACUCCCUUCCCUCUUGUUUAUGAACCUUUCUACAUGCCAACCAAGAACAAGGUACUCGACGCAAUAAAGGCAACUGUAAAUUACUAACAAGGGAAUUCUGUCAACAACUACCUUUUCUAUGUAAAGAGCCCCUUGACUUCACAUCCUCCAUUGAGAUAAUAAUUUGUAUCUUUUCCUCCAAGUGGAAGAUAAUUGGUUUAGUACAAUAAGAUUCCUCUAAACAGCAAUAUUCUCCAUUAUUGCCUGAUUUUUCUUUUUGAUAUUGCUCCAUUGUUUCCUGCUUUGAU